AAGGCGAGGAGAUUGACGUGGUGACGGUGGAGAAGAGACAAUCGCUCAGCCUGAAGAAGCCAGUCACCAUCACACUGCGCGCUGACCCCUUGGACCCCUGUAUGAAACGCUUCCACAUCUCCGUCCACCAACAGCAGCACAACUAUGCCGCCCGCUCACCACCAGACUCCUGUCCCCUGCCAGAGCCACCCCAGCAGGAUGAGGACAAGCCACUGAGCUCUGCGGAGCCAGCCCCUGCCGUCACGCUGCCUGAGCCCAGCUUGCCAAAAGCCAGCAGCAGCCCCGGCUCCGACAGCGAGGACGUGGCCAAGAGGAAAAACCACAAUUACCUGGAGCGCAAGCGGCGCAAUGACCUGCGCUCACGCUUCCUGGCACUGCGGGACCAGGUGCCCGGGCUUGCCAGCUGCCCCAAGACGCCUAAAGUGGUGAUCCUGAGCAAAUCCUCCGAGUACCUGCAGUCGCUCAUCAGUGCCGAGAGGCGGUUGGCA